ACACAAUGGGGGGCGUGGGGCCAUGGAGGAGCUGGGCGGUGUGCGGCCCUGUGUCACCUUCUUCCCACCGCCCGAGAGCAGGGAGCCCACCAGGGCCUGCUGUGUGGAUGUGGACAUCAAGGUGGGCGACCAAGAGCUCCACAGCUCCCUGUCCCGGUCAGCCGGCAGCUCCAGCCACCAUGCCCUGCUGCUCCUGGAGAAGAAGGUAAAGCAGUUGGAAGAGACCAAAAAGAAGAUUGAACAUCACCACAAACAGUUGAGGCAGCAAUUUGUGAAAGAACAGGAGAGAAAAACAGCACGGUGGAAGAAGGCAUCCGAAAGGUUUGAAAAAUCCCUGGAGGUGUUCAGCCGCAGGGGUAGGAAGCCGCCCGUCCCCGCUGCUGGUGGCCAGGCUCCGAGCAAAGGGACGUAGGCACAACGCUGCUGAGUGAGAAGGGAUUGGGAAAAACAUCUAGAGAGCUCCUCCCGCAGGCUGUGCCGCACUGACUGCUGCGUUUCUCAUCUACUUGCUUGGAUUUUCAGCUCGUCGUUCCAGGAAGCCAGUGCUCAGCCUGCCACAGCAAUAAACAGCACCGUCCUCCGUU